CUUGUCACGUUCGAAUCUGGCAGGAUCAGAAGAGGAUGGAAAGAAAAGCAGAGAUGGAGAUCCCAUUGAUUCUUGAAUCUGAAAAUGAUGAGAGAAGAAAAUGUUGGGAUGAGGUUUCCGGCGAAGUGAAGAAGCUUAUGGUUUUAGCUGGCCCUUUGAUUUCUGUAAAUCUUCUGUUAACUUCCCUGCAGUUCAUCUCACUCAUGUUCGCUGGCAAUCGCGGCGGCGAGCUGUCUCUCUCCGGUGCUUCAAUGGCCACCGCCUUCGCUUCAGUCACUGGUUUCAGUUUUAUGAGAGGAUUGGCAGGCGCUUUGGAUACAUUAUGCGGUCAAUCAUACGGCGCCAAACAGUACCAAAUGCUGGGAAUCUUUAUGCAGAGAGGAAUGCUAGUGAUGCUUCUAGUCUGCAUUCCGGUGGCCGGCGUUUGGGCCUACACCGACCGGAUCCUCAGUUUGUGCGGCCAAGAUCCGGAGAUAUCUGACGCCGCCGGCGAGUACGCUCGGUUUCUGAUACCCUCCAUUUUCCCGUACGCAAUCCUGCGGUGUUUCGUCUCAUUUCUACAGGCCCAAAACAACGUUGUCCCCAUGAUGUUCACGGUAGGAAUCGCCGCUCUGGUGCAUGUGCUCAGCUGUUGGGUUUUGGUGUUCAAAUCUGGGAUGGGCUUCACCGGUGCUGCCAUGGCUAAUGCCAUAUCUUACUGGGUUAAUGUAGUGUUGUUGGGUGUUUAUGUGAGGGUUUCUCCUUCUUGUAAAGAAACAUGGACAGGGUUUUCCAAGGAUAUGUUUCAUGAUAUCAUCAAGUUUCUUAGAUUAGGGAUUCCUUCCACUGCCAUGCUUUGCUUAGAGAAUUGGUCAUUCGAGCUGAUGGUUUUGUUAUGUGGGUUUCUUCCAAAUCCUAAGCUGGAAACUUCAGUUCUUUCUAUAACACUAAAUACAUGCAUCAUGGUUUAUAUGCUGCCUAUGGGACUUGGUGGCGCUAUAAGUGUACGGGUGUCAAAUGAAGUGGGUGGUGGGAGGCCAAAUGCAGCGUGGGUGGCGGUGCGUACUGCGUUAGGGUGCGCGGCCAACAGAAGGAUUUUAGUAGGCAUAGCAAUGCUUUCACUGCACAAAGUAUGGGAUUGCAGGAGAUUUGGGCAUUGGUUGGAGGAUUGUCGUGGAAAGGAGAGGCAUGGGAGAACGGGGAUGGAGGAGAUGAAUGGAGGUGCGGUGUUGACGGAGGGGAUUGAUGGUGGUACGGCGGUGGCAGAAGUGGAAUCAGUGGCAGCAGAGGAGGUUGUGGUUGAGAAUCCAGAGGCGAAGAGACCACCGGAGAAGGAGAAGAACAUCGAAGCUGUUGCUCUGACCUGUCUGCCGGAGACGCCAUUGCUUGACGCCACUGCCAUCGUAAUUGCUCAUGCUAGAGGGUUGAAGAAGCAUAUGAAGAGGCUAAAUGCCCCAAAACAUUGGAUACUGGACAAGUUCGGUGGGGCAUUUGCUCCUAAACCUUCAUUUGGGCCACACAAAGGCUAA